AUGAUUAUUAUUUAUAUAUAUUGUGUUUUGCAGAUUUGCUCAGGGAUUAAGUUCCCUGGCCCAAACAAUUUUAAAUACUCGUUUGUAAAAUCUGAUAAACAAAAAGAAAAAUCAGCCGAUAGUCCAGUAUACUUGUUUCUACCUCCACCAGAACCUGACCAAAGUACAAAUAUCAUACCCAAGGAUGUAAACGUUGUCAAUAACCAAAACUAUGAUGAAAUCAUAAGUGGUCUGAAGACCAAAGUGUUCACAAAUGAGCCUACUCUGAUAAACUUUGUUCCAGAAGUCAAGUUGAACGACAAGAACAACGUGACGGAUAACAAGGUGUCGAGUUUUAUACUCAAGAUGUCCGAAAUGAUGUUGUUGUCGGACAGAGUUAUAGUGCCUAUAGACUUUUCAGAACUGAUGAGAAGUGGAUGCUGCGGUUCUGACCGUCUGAAGUUACUGGGCCUAGUCAUGAUAGCAGUUAAUUUGCAGUACCAGUACUCGCCUAAACUUCACUUUGUGGUGUACAACUAUAACACAAUGGAGGACAAAAUGUAUCUAAGUUCAUACGAAAAGGAAUACAUUAAUAGACAAAAGUCAGAAAUAAGUGGAGUGUUGAAGGACUUUAUACACUCAUUUGUUAACACAUCGCCAUCACAAUUCCUGCCAAAUAACAUAAUACUCACGUGCAGCUAUGUUAACAAUUAUAAGAAUGUCAGUAAGAUACUAAAGGAUUUGUUUGUCGAGGACUUAGGCUACUUUGGAGUUUGCUCAAGUGACAUAAAGGAUGAAUUUGAUAAAAAAAUCAGAGUUUGUGAAAAUAUUGAAAAGUUCACCUCAUCAAUGCAAGAAGUUAAGCAGACGAAAUUCAAUUUAGUGGAAUUCAAUCAAAUUGUCAAACACUCAGAUUUAUACGCACACUUGCUAAACAUACACGACUCUUCAUACAAGAUGUAA